GCGGCUCAAUGUGUUUGGGAUAUAGGUUUUAAUAGAAAAUAGUGUCAAAAUGAAUAACUACAAAAUUUAAAAUAUUGUUUACUGAUAUCGAUAACUUCUUGACAACAAAUACCAAUUAAACAUAAGCAAGAAUGUCGAAUAAAACCUACAACGAUUUGCUAUGCGCCACAUCGGAGCUGUUAGUAGAAGCUACUCAAGCUGACGAAGCAAUAUUUCAGGCUGGUUCUGCUGAAAGAACAGUGAUUCAACCUCUCCUUUCUGAACUAAGAAUACGAUAUACAGUGCUCUUGGAAAAACUAGAUAAUGUGUAUGACCAAUUAAUUCAGCCGCAGAAAAGGAUCAUUGUCAAAAGACUGCUUGAGGCAUGUUUGGGACGGCUGAUAGAAAUCAAGCAUGAUUUAGUGGAGUUGCAUUUAUCGGAUUUCACUUUUGAUGACGAUGAAGCUCUAGAAAAACUCCAAAUAACUCCGUUUGAGGCCGAACCAGUGAUCCCUCAAUUCUUUAUCCGAGAGAGACAAGAUGAGGUCGACAGUCGCAGGUUGUUUGUUUUGGAAACCUUAAGGAAACUUGGACAUGAACCCGUGAAACCAGAACCUUUAGUUCUGACUGAACAACAAGCUGUCCUUAUAAUACAAAGCCAUGAGAGAGCGAGGCAGGGAAGGUUGAGAGGACAGUUCAUGAAAGAAAUCCGACUCCUAAAAGAGAAAGGAAGAGAUCAGAAAGGAGAAAUGUCGGCAUCAGCAGCCACUGCGAUCCAAAAGGUGUGGAGAGGAUUCCUUGCUAGAAGGGAAACAAAGAAACGGAAGAGAGAUGAACAACUUCUGAUAGGAAUGGAGCUACCAUCUUAUUCUGUUUCAAUGGAAAUUAAGAAAGCGGAGGAGAUAAAAGAAUACAGAAGAAAUCUUCAAUUAGAUAGGAAGAAAGAAUAUGAAGAAGCUUUAACUACGAUUGAAGAUCAACUAAGAACACAAAAUGAAUCUAAGAUUAAUGAGCAAAUAGGUGAUGAAUUGAGAAGAUGGAUUUCAGAGUACUAUGAAAGAACUGGGAGUCUACCAGAGUUUCCUUCAGAGGAAGGAGGAGGUAGUCGAGCUAUGUAUAGUAGACAAGGAACCGGAAUGGGUAGUGAUUUAAGCAAAUCAUCCCCCGUAUCAUCCAAGGGAUCUAAAAGAAGCAAAGAAAGUAAAGAUAAAAAGGAUGGUAAUGGUGAAGACAAUAAAGGAAAAGAAGAGGAAGAAAAUAUUGAAAUGUUUAAAUGUAGCCCCUCUGUGUUUUUGCAAGAUAUUGCUAAUACUAAUGAAGAAUUUGAAGAUAUUUGGAAGUUUAAAGACAAUGACGACCCUCAUGAUAGAUAUUAUAAAGACGUUAUUGAAAGAGACAAAAUGGUUAAAAUUGAACAAGAAAUACGAAAUGUCGUUGAUGAACUGAUGAGAAAUGAAUUGGAAUUACUACAGGCAGCAUAUGAUAGAGAUAGAGCAUUUAAGGGCAAAAAGGGCAAGAAACCACAAAAAGCGCGCCGGGGAGGAAAGAAGAAUAAAAAGAAGAAAGAAAAAGAUUUAACUCCAGAUAGAACGACUGAAUCUCUUUUUGAAGAGCUUGUAACUAAUGGCAUAAUACGUCCAUAUCCCAUAGUAAAAAUUUGUGAUUAUGUUGGAGAAAAAUGCUAUGUUGGUUCUGAAAUGAGGAAGCAAGGUCUAGAGCCAACGCCAUGCCUUGGAGAUAUAAGACAGUUGGUUAAAGAAUUCUGUAUACUGCCUCUUGGAUCUGAACAUGUGAGAAAUAGUGCACCUUUGGUCAGAUCAGUUUUGAUAUCAGGCCCUUCAGGUAGUGGUAAAAAAAUGUUGGUCCAUUCAGUAUGCAGUGAGUUGGGGGCUGUUCUAUUUGAUCUGACUCCUGCCAAUAUUGUUGGGAAAUACCCUGGAAAAUCAGGACUGAUAAUGUUGAUACAUUUGGUCAUGAAAGUAUCAAGACUGUUGCAGCCUUCGGUUAUUUGGAUGGAUGAUGCGGAGAAGCCAUUUGUGAAGAAGAUACCAAAGACUGACAAAACUGAUCCGAAAAGACUGAAAAAAGAUUUGGUGAAGAUAAUAAAAGGUAUAUAUCCCGAAGACCGUGUAGUGUUUAUAGGCACGUCAAGGAGUCCUUGGGACGCGGAACAGAAGCUCCUCUAUCAAUGUUACAACAAAAUGAUCCUUAUACCAAGGCCUGACUAUGGAAGCAUAUCUUUAUUCUGGAGAAGCAAGCUUCAUAGAGCAGGUGCUCUGUCACCCAGGUUGGAUAUAUCGUGUUUGUCCAGAGUUUCUGAUUCUUAUACUAUUGGUACAUUGCUUGCAGCCCUUGAUACUGUAUUGACAACGAAGAGACGUUUGCAGCUACGUAUCAGAGCAUUGACAGCCCAGGAGGUGGCUGUACAGUUAAGCUCCAGGGAACCAGUAUAUGCCGAACAGGACGCAGCGGCAGAAGCGUGGUGGUACAAAACGCCCAUGGAGAAGCGAAGACAGAAGGCGAUACAGAGGCUGGAGGAGUUACAGCAGCAGGAUGCUGAAGAGAAUGCUGCGUAGACGACUGUAUCCUAAUGGUCGUCAUGUCGGACUGCAACACUGGAGGCCCCGGGUUCGAUUCCGAUCAGCUCAAGAUGGACUACGAUGGAUCUUGGAUAUUUAGUUGCAAAUAUAUUUAUUUAUGAUAUAUAAUGUAACCUAUUAAUGUCCCAAUAAUAUUCAAAAACUAAUAAUUUAAAAUCCUAUUUUAUGAGAAUAGUA